AUGUCAGCGGCGUCUCCAGAGUCCAACUCUUCCUACCCUUCUCGCUGGUCUUGGUAUCUUCCAGGGAGCCAGAAACCCAGUUACGACUCCCUUGGCGAUGUUCUUUUGAUCCUGAACCAACGAAUCACUCCAUCUGCACUCGGCCAUGACGCGGGAACAGAACCCAACAAGAAGGAUGAACAUGAUGAAGGCAUGCGGCCUGAAGGCCUUGAUGGGCCGUCCAGUGAAGCAUCACUCAUAGAGGCACCGGUGCCCUGCGGGGCUCAAGAGAUCGAAGCCAAAGUGUCGUCCAAACAUCUCUCGAUGGCUUCACGGGUCUUUCGCGCCAUGUUCGAUGGAGCGUCCCUCGUACAAUCGAUUGUGGUUCUGAUCGACAAGUACGAGCUUCAAGAGGUUACAGGAGUGUACACAGAUCUCUGGUUCCCAAGUCUAUGGCCGCAUCGUGACACUUCGACUCCACAUAUUGCCGACUGGAUUUACAUCUGCUGGGUUCUCAAGAGACCGCCGGAGUACAAUGAACUGACCAGAAAAGCCAUCUUCGCGUGUCAUUCUCGCUUUGACGACAACGGACUCCCAUUGCCACCGGCAAUUUCGAGCGAGAUCGAAUCCUGUCGACUUUCGGCCAUAGAAGACCUGCUCACCUACCUGAACGAGACCCUUGAGACAUAUCAGGGCGAAAUACAGCAAUGCUCACAAAACACAAAUUGUGACGCCCUCGUCCUCGGUGACCUUGUCAGGAAAUUGAAGGCCAAGGGUCUUUAUCCUGUUCCCCAAGCUGCGGCUCUGGACGUGUCUCUCUGGGAGCUUUUUUCUCAAUUGUUGGAAUUGGCAGUCUCCACAUUGUGUGAGAUACAAUUGCCGCCACAUACACAGUCAUCCUUCGGCAUCGCCCCCGCUCCGCCAGUUUGCAGUAUCGAGAAGAGUCUUGAAGAGAAAAUAUUCCGGGUCCGGCGCGGAGUGGCAGGUCUGACAUUGCCCAUCUACACUCCAUCCAAUCUUUGGACAGGGAACAAAAAAUAG